GUGCCUUUAAAUUGCUGCUUUUGGAGGGUGCAUCUGGGGGGAGGUGGGAGGGAGGGAAACAUCUCCUACCAGUUUCCCUCCUCCCUCCCCUUCAAGACUCUUCAGGGUUGGAGAGUGAUUGCUGCCCAAAGAGAAUCGCCUUCCGCUCCCCAGCAGGCAGGCUGAGGCCCUCCGGAGCCCCAGGCGAGCCAGAGUAGGAGCUGGUAGGGUUAUCAGUGUCAGGAUCAUUUCCAGGGGAAUAGUUCUGGCCCCUGACUGGUAACGGCAGGGCAGAGGAGAAGAGACCAGAAGAGGAGAGAGAGCGCAACUCCUAGCCCUGUCCCUGCGGGGUCCUUGUGAGCAGCCCAAGUUGGAGGAAGGCUCUGUACUUUCGACUUCCUCGCCAGGAUAUCACCUCUCACCUUGGCAGCCAGGCUGAGAAAGGGCUCCAGGGUCCCCGCAGAAUGACAACUCUCGUCCCUGCAACCCUCUCCUUUCUUCUCCUCUGGACCCUGCCAGGGCAGGUCCUCCUCAGGGUGGCCUUGGCAAAAGAAGUUAAAUCUGGGACCAAGGGGUCCCAGCUCAUGUCCCCCUCUGAUUUCCUGGACAAGCUUAUGGGGCGAACAUCUGGAUAUGAUGCCAGGAUUCGGCCCAAUUUUAAAGGCCCACCCGUGAACGUGACCUGCAACAUCUUCAUCAACAGUUUCGGCUCUGUCACCGAGACUACCAUGGACUAUCGGGUGAAUGUCUUUUUGCGGCAGCAGUGGAAUGACCCACGCCUGGCCUACCGAGAAUAUCCUGACGAUUCACUGGACCUUGAUCCCUCCAUGCUGGACUCUAUCUGGAAGCCAGACCUGUUCUUUGCCAAUGAGAAAGGGGCCAACUUCCAUGAGGUGACCACAGACAACAAGUUACUACGCAUCUUCAAGAAUGGGAAUGUACUCUACAGCAUCAGGCUGACCCUCAUUUUGUCCUGCCCGAUGGACCUCAAGAACUUCCCCAUGGACAUUCAGACCUGCGCGAUGCAGCUGGAGAGCUUUGGCUACACCAUGAAUGACCUUGUGUUUGAGUGGCUGGAAGAUGCUCCUGCUGUCCAAGUGGCUGAGGGGCUGACUAUGCCCCAGUUUAUCUUGCGAGAUGAGAAGGAUCUAGGCUAUUGUACCAAGCACUACAACACAGGGAAAUUCACCUGCAUCGAGGUAAAGUUUCACCUGGAACGGCAGAUGGGCUACUAUCUGAUUCAGAUGUACAUCCCCAGCCUACUCAUUGUCAUCUUGUCCUGGGUCUCCUUCUGGAUCAACAUGGAUGCUGCCCCUGCCCGUGUGGGCCUAGGCAUCACCACCGUGCUCACCAUGACAACUCAGAGCUCUGGCUCCCGGGCCUCUUUGCCUAAGGUGUCCUACGUGAAGGCAAUUGACAUCUGGAUGGCGGUGUGCCUGCUCUUUGUAUUCGCUGCCCUGCUGGAGUACGCUGCUGUCAAUUUUGUCUCCCGUCAGCAUAAGGAAUUCAUUCGACUUCGAAGAAGGCAGAGGCGCCAACGCAUGGAGGAAGAUAUCAUCCAAGAAAGUCGUGUCUAUUUCCGUGGCUAUGGCCUGGGUCACUGCCUGCAGGCAAGGGAUGGAGGUCCAAUGGAAGGGUCUGGCAUUUAUAGCCCCCAACCUCCAGCCCCUCUUCUAAGGGAGGGAGAAACCAUGCAGAAACUCUACGUGGACCAAGCCAAGAGGAUUGACACCAUCUCCCGGGCUGUCUUCCCUUUCACUUUCCUCAUCUUCAACAUCUUUUACUGGGUUGUCUAUAAAGUGCUAUGGUCAGAAGACAUCCACCAGGCACUGUGAAUAGGGUGGAGGCUAGAGAGUCCAGCUGUUGGCUUC